AUGGCCUUUGUCGAGUAUAAAAGCAGGUGCCGCUGCCGCAGAAAGUCAGCAGCUACUGGUACGCCGACAGCUCUCCACUACAACCAUGAUCCGUGCUUGCGUCCUCCUGGCUCUGGCCACCAGCGCCUUCGCUGGCUAUCUCCCAACCUACGGUGUCGGCCAUGCCAUCACUGGCCUUAGCUAUGGCGUUGCUCCAGCUGCCAGCUACGCCAUUUCCGCUCCAGCCAUCACCCGCACGGUCUCCACCUCCUACCACGCUGCCCCAGUCGUGGCUGCCGCUCCGGCUGUCGCCACUGUCGCCGCUGCCCCAGCUGUCACCAAGGUGUACCAGUCUGCUCCAGUUGUGGCUACUGCCCCAGCCGUCGCUACUGUCGCCGCCGCUCCAGCUGUGUCCCAAGUGACUACCUACGCUCAGGCUGCUCCAGUCGUCGCUGCUGCCCCAGCUGUCACUAGGGUGUACCAGUCUGCUCCAGUUGUGGCUGCUGCCCCAGCCGUCGCUGCUGUCGCCGCUGCCCCGGCUGUGUCCCGCAUCACCACCUACACUCAGUCUGCUCCAGUCGUCGCUGCUGCCCCAGCUGUCACUCGGGUGUACCAGUCUGCUCCAGUCGUUGCCGCUGCCCCAGCUGUCGCCACUGUUGCCGCUGCUCCAGCUGUGUCCCGUGUGACCACUUACACCCAGGCUGCUCCAGUCGUCGCUGCCGCCCCAGCUGUCACCCGGGUUUACCAGUCUGCUCCGGUUGUUGCCGCUGCCCCAGCUGUGUCCCGUGUCACCACCUACACUCAGGCUGCUCCAGUCGUCGCUGCCGCCCCAGCUGUCACCCGGGUUUACCAGUCUGCUCCGGUUGUUGCCGCUGCCCCAGCUGUUGCCACUGUUGCCGCUGCCCCAGCUGUGUCCCGUGUCACCACCUACACUCAGGCUGCUCCAGUCGUCGCUGCCGCCCCAGCUGUCACCCGAGUUUACCAGUCUGCUCCAGUUGUUGCUGCUGCCCCAGCUGUGUCCCGCGUCACCACCUACACUCAGGCUGCUCCAGUCGUCGCUGCCGCCCCAUCUGUCACCCGGGUUUACCAGUCUGCUCCAGUUGUUGCUGCUGCUCCAGCUGUUGCCACUGUUGCCGCUGCCCCAGCUCUGUCCCGCGUCACCACCUACACCCAGGCUGCUCCAGUCAUCGCUGCUGCCCCAGCUGUCACCCGGGUUUACCAGUCUGCUCCAGUUGUUGCCGCUGCUCCAGCUGUUGCCACUGUUGCUGCUGCCCCAGCUGUGUCCCGCGUCACCACCUACACUCAGGCUGCUCCAGUCGUCGCUGCCGCCCCAGCUGUCACCCGGGUUUACCAGUCUGCUCCAGUAGUUGCCGCUGCUCCAGCUGUUGCCACUGUUGCCGCUGCCCCAGCUGUGUCCCGCGUCACCACCUACACCCAGUCUGCUCCAGUCGUCGCUGCUGCUCCAGCUGCUGCUACCACCUUCCACCAGGCUGCUCCAGUUGUAGCUGCUGCUCCAGCUGUUGCCACCUACGCCGCAGCCCCAGCUGUCGCUGCCAUCCACGCCGCUCCAGCUGUUGCUACCACCACCGUCCACCACGCACCAGCUGUUGCUACCAUUGCCCACGCUGCCCCAGCCUUCGCUACCUACCAGACCACUCCAGUCUAUGGCUAUGGUGUUGGAACCCUGGGCUAUGGCGCUGGAAGCUACGCCCUCGGCCACGGCAUCGGUGUCUACGGCCUGAACUACGGCUAUGGUCUUGGCACUCCCUUCGACUACACCGCACUCCUCCGCAGGAAGAAGUAAAUCGCUCUCCUAAUGUACAGGAUGAACAUGUGUACAGAUACCUGAGAAUUCGAACGUCAUCAAAUCACCGAAUAAAUUUUGUACAAAUGCCCGAA